CUCCGAAAGGCACUUCUGGAUAUAUAAGCUGCGCACAAGAGGCGGUGGUGGAAGUUACACUCUAGAAUUGCUUCUGCAAGUCUAAAUUUUGUUUGAUCAGAAGUAAAAGCCAUUUAUUUCUUUUAAAGAGCAGAAAAUGAAUCGCUUUCACCUGUUUGGGUUUUUAAUUUGGCUGUUAAUUGCGGACAGCCAAGCAAUAAUCAGAAUUCCUCUGUACAAGAUGCGCACUGUGCGCCGCAUGCUGGCAGAGAAUGGGAGGACUAUUGACGAAAUCAAAGCCAUGGCCAGAGAGAAAUCCUCCGAAGUCCAAUUUUCAUCCCCGGAUGCAACAACAACACCAUCACCAACAAAACUGCCACCACCUAUUGAGAAACUUACCAACUUCAUGGAUGCUCAGUAUUUUGGAGUGAUCAGUAUUGGCACCCCUCCUCAGGACUUCACUGUGCUGUUUGACACCGGAUCAUCCAACCUCUGGGUUCCAUCUAUCCAUUGCUCCUUCCUGGACAUUGCAUGCUGGUUGCACCAUCGCUACAACUCCAAGAAGUCAAGCACUUAUGUUCAGAAUGGCACUGGGUUCUCGAUUCAGUAUGGCAGAGGGAGUCUCUCUGGCUUCAUCAGUCAGGAUACAGUCACUUUGGCAGGCCUGAAGGUGCCACAGCAGCAGUUUGCAGAGGCAGUCAAACAGCCUGGUAUUGUGUUCGCAGUGGCACGUUUUGAUGGCGUCCUGGGCAUGGCAUACCCUGCCAUUUCUGUAGAUGGGGUAACACCAGUGUUUGACACAGCCAUGGCUGCCAAAAUCCUGCCUCAGAAUAUAUUCUCUUUUUACAUCAACCGGGACCCUGCAGGUAAGGUUGGAGGUGAGCUGAUGCUGGGAGGCUUUGACCAGCAGUAUUUCGACGGAGAUUUGCAUUACGUCAACGUCACACGAAAAGCCUACUGGCAGAUAAAGAUGGAUAAAGUUCAGGUGGGUGGCACUCUCACCCUUUGCAAAAAUGGAUGCCAGGCAAUUGUUGACACGGGAACAUCAUUGAUCGCUGGGCCAACUCAAGAGGUGCGCGCACUGCAGAAAGCCAUCGGAGCCAUCCCACUGCUGAUGGGAGAGUACUGGAUUGACUGUAAGAGGAUUCCAUCACUUCCUGUUAUCUCCUUCAGCCUGGGAGGCAAGAUGUUCAACUUAACUGGACAGGACUAUGUUUUUAAGGUGAGUCACAUGGGCGUGAGUGUUUGUCUGUCUGGCUUUCUGGCGAUGGAUAUCCCGCCCCCCGCCGGGCCGCUGUGGAUUCUGGGAGACGUGUUCAUCGGCCGCUACUACACUGUGUUUGACAGGGAGACAGACCGUGUGGGCUUUGCUCCUGCUAAAUGAGAAAAGAGCUAAUCACAUUAUUGUAUUGUACUGGACCUAACGGGCCAUUAGCCAUACAGAAAGCACUGAAGUUGUUAAAUCUAUUGCAAUUUGAAAUAUGCAACAACUAACAUAAGAGUGACAGGAGAUGUUUUUCCAAGUAUACAACUGAAAAAGAGGAAACGAGACAAACUUUAGCUGGGGAUUCUUUGUACUUCCCCUUGAAGACCUUGCUUGUUUUUAUUUUGCACUAUUUCGUAAGAUGAAGCCAAACUAUGCAUUUUUAUUUUAUAUUAAUUAUUUUUGUAGAAAAUUAAAUAAAGAUGGAUUAAAUUGCUGGUAGAUGAAUAGUACUUUCUGGUUUUGUGGUACUCGUAUGUGUUCGAGUUUUCUUAUGAUUUUCGUUUGCAUUUGACAACGUUGGUAUAUUAUACUCAAUUUAUCACACUGAAAUAUUGUAUUUCUGUUAAAACUGAUCAAGACUACUUGGGUUCUUUGUCUAAUCAUGUAACUCAAAAUUGCUGCAAAAGUUCUUCCAAACCUGAAGUUAAAUAAAGUUUUCUUUGUA